AUGAGGCGCGCGGCUGGCAGGGCCCCACUCUACGCGCACUCCACCUCCUUACUGCUCCUUCAACCUCCUCCUCUUCGCCUUCCCGCGCGCUCUUUCCUCGCCGCCUUCCCGCCCCUAGCCAUGCACUGCGCCGCGCCCGCGCCACCGCUCUGCAACGCCCCGCCCCCCGCCCUCUCGCCUUGGCCCGCCUCGCCGUCACCCGCCCCUCGCAGCGUCGCGCGCAGCCCUUCCGCUGCCGCGCCUGCUCCGACCGCUGCUGCCCGCACUGCCCACCAUGCCGCGCGCCUCGAGAAGCGCGCCUGUCGCCCGCUCUUAUGCCUCGCUGCCCGCCAGUCCAUGCGCGCCCCUUCCCCCAUACUACCGUACCUGUCCGCGCGGCACCUCCUCGCCCCGCGCGCGCCCUCCGCCACCAGCAGUGCCCCACACUACUCCGCGCGCUCAUGCGUGGUGGGCGCCGACUGGGGGAGCAGUGCGGGUAAUGCGCAGGGGGGGGCGGCCACGUGGGGAAGAGCGAGGUGGCGGUGGGAGGGGCGGGCGGCGCAGAGUGGUGGGGGGCUGGAAAGGCUGUGGAUGAGGGGGCGGCUGGUGGGUGCUCACACGGCGUACGGGCAGGCGAGAAGCACACAUGCGGUGACGGCACCGGGGGCAGGGGGGGAGAGCGACGAGGCGCAGGGGCGAGGGCAAGCGCAAGAGCAGGUGGCGCAGGCUCAGGAGCAGCAGCAGGUGGGCGCAGCGGGGGAGGGGGAGGCGGGGGGCAGGGAGGAGGCAUCGGCAGCAGCAACGCCAGCGUCGCGUGCGGAGGUGCAGCAGGCAGGCGCAGUAGAGGGAGCGUGGCAGGCGGGUGGUGGUGGCAAUGGCAGUGCAGGCCUUGCACCCAGCUCCUCGCCCUCGCACGUGGCGGUGCAUGGCGCUGUGCAGGCUGCGCGUGGGUGGGAGGGGGCGAUGGCAGCGCGGGCAGCAGGAGUGGACGCAAAGAAGAGGCUGGCGGCUCAAGUGGCGCGUAGGCACGCCCAACGAGGCCCUUUUGCGCCCCUGCAUGGCGGGGAGAGUGGUGCUCCCGGUGGGCGUGCAGGCGUGGCAGCGAUGGGCAGGGCGGGAGAAGGGGAGAGGAGCAGUGCAGGUGCACAGCACAGCGGUGGCGGCAGCACGAGCAGGAGGCACAGCAGUUGGCGCAGGGUGAACGGCAGCGCUGCUGGCCCGCAAGCAUCCAUGGCAGCAGGCGUGGCGGUGCAUGGGUACAGGCCUGGCGGUGGCGCCCCGCACAGCUCAGGGACGCGCAGUGGCGAGGCGGAGAGGCAUGGCUACAGUGGCCAUGCCUCGCACGCCCCUUAUGCCCCUCGUGCUGCCCUGCCGCAACACAGGAAGCACAGGUCCCAUCAGCACAGGCAGCGCGCAGCAGAGGAGCCGCAGGUUGAGCUGGUGGGCACGGUGACGCGCGUGGUGGCAGAGAGCAACGGGUGGAUGGCCUUCAAACUCAAUGUCUCCACCAUGCUCUCUCACCCCACAGAGCUUCCAGGGGCGCACGUGCAGCCUGGCAACGAUUCACGUGCAGCAGAGGCGCGGGCGGGCAGCACGGCAGGGGAGGGUGUGGCUGCUUUGAGUGUUGAAGAGGGCGGGAGUGUGGAGCGCGCAAGAGCAGCAGCGUUGGUGGCGCGGGGUGGGGGCGAGGGGCUGAGCGAGGAGGAGAGGGCGACCCUACGGCUUCACAUGCUAGCGGGGCAGUUGGCAGUGGUGGGCGUGGUGGGGAGUGUGAAGGCCGGGCAGCAGCUGCGCGUGAUGGGGCGGUGGGUGAGCAGCAAGUAUGGCCCACAGCUUAAAGCGAGAGAGGCGCACGCAGUGCUGCCCCAGGAGACGGAGGACAUAGAAACGUACCUAGCGGAGCUGCUCCCAGGCGUGGGCCCCAAGACAGCCAGGGCACUGCUGGACCACUUUGGUGCCGGCGUCUAUGACACGCUCAACAGCUCUAAGGCCAUCACAUUGCUGCAAGAGGUGCCUGGCAUAGGGAAACUGACAGCGAAGCGCAUCAAGACAGCAUGGGACAAGGCGAGGACAAUGCGGGAGGGGCACAACCAGCUGGUGCAGCUGGGCAUUCCCCCCCUGGCCGUCGUGGAGCUCAUAAGGCAGCACCCAAUGGACGCAGUGAGUGUGGUGCAGGCGGACCCCUGGGCUGCACUGCAGGCCGUCCCGGGCGUGCCGUUCGACCUGAUCGACUCCGUGGCUCGCAAGCUGGGCUGCUCCCCCGCGCACCCCUCGCGCCCUUGCGCUCUGCUGCAGGCGUCGCUCGUGGACCUCUGCCCCAACAACUGCCAUGUGUUUGUCCCCUGGUCGCUCCUGCUGCGCUACGCCGUCCGGCUGCUCGCUUCCUGCCACGAGGAAGACCCGUAUGAAGGCGGCCAGGGGGAGGAGUGGCAGCAGCAGCAGCAGCAGGAGGCGUGGGAGUGGGGCAGGGCGAUGGAGGAGGGGCGGCUGGAGGAGGCGAUGGGGGAGCUGCAGAGGAGGGGCGUGGUGGUGGUGGAGAGAGCCGAGGACGAUGGCAGCAACGGGCGUGCAGGGCGUGCAGCGAGCAAUGGUGGCAGUGGGAGCAGUGGGAGCAGUGGGAGUAGCUCUGGGUGGAGCGAUGCGAGUGGGUGGAGUAGUGGCAGUGAGGGUAGCGGGAGUGAGGGCAGUGGGGACGGGGAGUGGGAGGGGGGAGUGCGUGGGGAGCAGUCAAGCACAGAGGGCGGAGGGCCAGCAUUGGGGCGCAAUGACCGAUGCUACCUCGCAUGGAUGCUACAGGCUGAGAGGGAGGUGGCGCAGCAGAUGGCGGUGAGGGCGAGCCGGGGCGUGCACGAGGCGGAGCAGCUGCAGCACGUGCGCGAGUGGGUGCGGCAAGAGGAGGGGCACGCAGAGCAGCACCUCACGGCGCAGCAGUGUGCCGCGGUGGAGGCAGCGGCGCUAGCACACGUGAUGGUGCUCACGGGGGGGCCUGGCUGUGGCAAGACGUACACCACUCGCCUCAUCACUCGCCUCUGGACCGCUCAGGGCAAGCAGGUGAUGCUGUGCGCGCCUACAGGGCGGGCAGCGCAGCGGCUGGAGGAGGCGACGAAGCAGAAGGCGCAUACCAUUCACAAGCUGCUGGGAUACUCCUCCAAUGCUGCGGACCAAGAGCUUGCUGCUGCUAUGGGUGGCGCAGGCGUGGGUGGGGCGGGCAUGGUGUGCGAUGAUGCACUGGGCAACGACCUGCCGUUAUUCAACCACAACAAGGACAACCCUCUCAAGGCGGACGCCAUAAUAGUGGACGAGGCGUCGAUGCUGGAUGUGCCGCUGGUGGCAGCGCUGCUAGCAGCGUGCCCUCCGGACUGCCGGAUCCUCUUCGUGGGGGACAAGGACCAGCUGCCACCCGUCGGACCCGGCAAGUUUCUCGCUGAUAUCAUGGGGUGUGGGUUUGUGAAGGUGCAUCGGCUGACGCACAUAUUCCGACAGGCGCAGCAGUCGCACAUAGUGCAGCACGCCCACGCCAUCCUCAACGGCUUGCGCCCCUCCUUCUACGCGCCCUGGCCUCGCUUCCAUUCUGCUGCCAGUGCUGGAGAGGGUGACCAGUGGUGGACCAGUCUCACCUCCGACUGUGUGCUCUUGCACGCGCGGACGCACGGGGAGAUGGAAGUGGUGAUGCAGCAUGUGCUCACGCGCGUGCUGCCGCACCUCACAGCAUCACCACGGGACGACGUGCAGGUGCUGGCGCCCGUGCAGCGCGGCCACUUCGGCGUCAUGCUCCUCAACUCCCGUCUGCAGCAGCUAUUGAACCCGCCUUGCAGCAGCAAGAGGGAGCACCGCGUGGGGCCAGACAUGGUGUUCCGAGAGGGCGAUAGGGUCAUUCAGCUGCGCAACGACUACAUGUUGGAUGUGAGCAACGGCGACCUAGGGAUCAUCACCAGGAUCGUCCACGGCGAUAAGAAGGUGGAGCUGCAUGUGGACAUGCUAUCGGGCAGCACCGCCGCCCCACAGCGAGUCAUCUACACCAACGACCAUCUCAAACACCUCACUCAAGCAUGGAGCAUCACGGUGCACAAGGCGCAGGGCAGUGAAUACCCCAUCGUCAUCCUUCCGCUCUCUGCUGACUAUGGCAACUUCUUCAGUCGCAACCUGUUGUACACGGGGCUCACGCGAGCACGCAAGUUGGUGUUCCUCAUCGGGCGAGAGGAGGAGGCCAUGGCAGCGCUGCAGCGCACGCGGCAGGAGCACCGCCACACGCGCUUGCUGCACCGCCUGCUCGAGUACUGGCAGUACUGCACUGGCGACUCCACACACGGGCCCCUCCCACCCUCUCACAGCCCAUAG